UCCUUUGUAGACUGAAGUUGUCGCCGAGGGGAGCAACAACAAUACGAUGGUCGUUUGUCUUAAACUCAACGCAGCAAGCGCUCCAUUCCACAGAAAACACUUUCCAGUCCAGAAGAAAUCUCACCGUUCUUCCCUAAAGAGAUUCUCUCAGAACUUUAUACUUCCACAGCUCCUAUUUCAGUUUCAGUCCAUUCAUGUUGUAUCCAGCGCCAGCUCUAAUCUUAGAGAUUCUCACUCCACCAGACUUCCUUCCACGCCAGGGGACUCCACUUCAGAUACGACUCAUCCCCUUUCGAUCUCAUCUCCAACUGCCAGAUUGUUUAGAAAUGCGGGGCUGAUUGGCGUGGCAACUGUCACAAGCAAGAUAUUGGGACUGCUUAGGGAGAUUGUUCUGGCUGCAGUUUUUGGCGUAGGUCCUGUGGCCACCGCAUUCAACCAUUCUUCCGUCUUUCCUGGUUUUUUUGCAUCACUUCUGGGAGGUGUAAAUGGUCCCAUUCACAUUACUGUCUCUACCACUUUAAGUAAGCUUUCAAAAGAAAGGCGGAGGCAUCUCAUUCAAAAUGCACAUGUUGUUAUGCUCCUGGGAGGAGCUGUUUUGAGUGGUCUUGUAUACAUGUUUUCUGAGUCCAUUAUUUAUGCUUCUGCUCCUGGUUUGUGGUCUGUGGCUGAGAACCGAAUAACCAGAGACAUCGCUGUGACUCAGCUGAAACUAAUGACCCCUUGUGUCCUUUUUGCUGGCCCUAUUGGACUUGGCUUUGGUUCUCUUAGUGCAGAAGGAGAUCAUGUUGCUGCUUCUCUGAGUCCUGCUAUGUCUAGCAUUGCUAUUAUUUUAAUGUGUGCUAUUUAUGUUUCAGUGAGUGGAUCAAAUACUUCCCAUCUUGGCAAUUUAUUAUCUGGAGGAUUACUGAUAUCUUGUGGAGCUUCACUAGGUGCUUUCUUACAGUGGUUUAUACAGGUCCUUAUGCAUGAGAAAACUGGAUAUGAGUUCGCUUCUAUCCCAUGUCAAAACAUUUUGAAGGAUAAGGAUCUUCUUAAGCUGUUUGCAUUGAUGCUUCCUGCAACACUGAGUUCGGGCUUGGCUCAAAUAUCAUCUUUCACAGAUCUUUAUUUUGCAUCUUUUAUCCCGGGUGCGGCUGCUAGUCUCUCAUAUGCAUCUCUCUUGGCCAUGGCUCCAUUGGGCAUCAUAUUAAGCACAAUUACACUCCCUCUUAUACCUACUUUCUCGACAUUGGGAAAGCAAUCAUCAUGGCCAAGGCUAAAGGAGAGUCUUCAACAAGCAAUACUACUUUCAAUGGCAAUAGCCUUGUCCAUUGCGUCAUCAAUUUGUGUGUUGGCAGAGCCAAUAAUCAGUGUUUUAUUCCAGCGCUUCGCAUUUGAUUCAGCUGCAAGCUUGCUUGUUUCUUCUUUACUCCUCCACUAUUCUAUUGGUUCACCAUUUUACAUCAUCAGAGAAUUGCUGGUUGUGGUAUUUUAUGCGCUUGGGGAUGGGAAAUCACCAUUCCUAGUCAGUGUGGCUGCUAUUCUCUUGAAUGCUUUCCUAGAUUGGCUAUUCAUUUUCCAGUUCGGGCUAGGUGCGCAAGGACUGGUACUUUCCACAUCAUUAGUUACUGCUUCAUCAGCUAUGUUGUUCUUUUUUAUCCUCUCGAGGAAACUAACAGGACUGCUUGAUUUUACUGAAUUGAUUGGCCCUCUUCUGCUGCUACUUGCUUGCUGCAUGAUCUCAGCAUUUACUACUUUGAUUGCUCAUAAUAUAUUGGGGCAUUUGCUGUCUACAGUCAUAGUCUUAAGGUUUUGUAGGCUCUCUGAGCUCUUGACAAUUUUUCUUGCAAGUUCUCUGGGGAUGUUUGGCUUUUUCUUUCCUCUCGUGAUUUUCCAAUUCCCAGGAAUGAAGUUGGUGAAGGAUCUGCUUGGGUCCCUUAUACAACUGGUACAUUUUCCCCCCUUCCUGCAGUUUUUUGCCCAUCUCUAGAUUUCAUGUUGAUCAAUGAACAUAUGGCUUUUCCGUAAGCCAAGCCAAUUCUGCUAUUACUGAGCAGCAAAUGCAUAUGGGAGCUGGUGGAUGUUAAUGUUGUGUAGUAAAGAUGCAUGUAACAACAAUGUUUACUGAGCAGCAAAUGCAUAUUGGAGCUGGUGGAUUUUCAUGUUGUGUGGUAAAGAUGCAUGUAACAACAAUGUGAUCAAGCGAUGGAAUUUAAGAGGGUUUUAAACAUCAACUUUCAUAGGAUGGAUAUGGUGAAAGAGCAUUUGGCGGUUUUGUUAGAUUCUGUCCAAUGGAAAAUUAUGAAAGAAAUGCUUGUUCGUAUA